GAAAGGAAGGAGGAGGAUGAGAAGGAAAAUAAAGACACAGUAAUGCAGAGAGAGGAGGACGUGUUUCUAUUGAAGCUGCUGCAAGACGGAACGCUAUCAGGGUGAAGCAGCUGCUACACACACACACACACACUCACACACACACACUCACACACACACACUCACACACACACUCACACACACUCACACACACACACUCUGAGCGUUGGACAUGAGGCCGUCUGGGGAGGAGGACUCGGUGAAGUGACCUCUGGGUACAAGCGGCUCUUCAUCCAGUCGGGAUGUCGGUGAAGCUGCGAUUCGACUCUCCAUCUGACGGACGGCUGGUCCACAGGAGCCGCUCCUUCACUGGGGUCAGCUCUCUGACUGGACGACAGCGGCCGUGUGUUCGUAACUCUCUCCACUUCAAAGCCACGACGGGAGGUAAAUCUCCCAGAAUGCACCUGUCUGCUGGUACAGGGGUCGGGGCUAUUUGGUCCCUGCAGCCGGAGCAGGUGGACCGGGUCUUCAAAGCGCUACGCAAAGGACUCAAAGAACAUCUGGAGGGUCACCAGGCUGAGAUGGACUUCCUGUCCUCACAGCAGAGGACAACCAGGAGGAACUCCAGACUGGCCUUUCUAUAUGAUCUAGAGAAGGAGAUCAGAACCAAGGAGAGAUACAUAAGGAGACUUGAGUUUCAGAUCAGUAAGGUGGAAGAGCUAUACGAGACCUAUUGGGUCCAAUGGAGACUCUAUGAGGGGGCGGGGAACAUGAAGAGGGCCUUCAGCCGGUCUCCGUCCUCCAGAGCCUCCAGGGACAGCCUGCUGGAGCUCAGCCGGAGCCAGCGCCUCAGUGUGCAGGAGAUGUCAGUGAUGGAGGAAGAGUCAGAGAUCCUCCUGGGAGAGCUGCGCAUCAAGAUGAAGGGUCUGAUCGGCUUCGCUCGGCUUUGCCCCGGAGACCAGUACGAGGUGGCGGUGCGCCUGGGCCAACGGCGCUGGAGGAUCCGAGGGAGGAUCCAGUCUGACAACACGCAGGCCUGGGACGAGGAGGAGGUGGUCUUCCUCCCCCACAUACGCCACAACUUUGAGAUCAAGGUGACGGAGGCGAAGGGUUUGGGUUGGCUGCUGGUCGGCAUGGUAACGUGUGCCAGCACAGAAUUCUUUGUGGCGAGGCCGCAGCUGAUGAUGGUGGACGUGACGGAGCUGGGAACCAUCAAGCUGCAGCUGGAGGUCACCUGGAAUCCUUUUGACUCUGAGAAGAUGAAGCCUUUGGUGGUCAGCAGGAAGAUUUCGCUUCACAGCUGGACGGCACCGAGUACGCCGUCCUUAAACCGAGAGUACUUCAUAUCGAUGAUGAAGGAGCUGCAGGAAGGACAUGGUUCUCUCCCAUCUCUGGUGAACAAAUGUCGACCAAUGAGAGGAGGGGUGUCUCUGAUCAGAUACCUAUCCCACCCGGACCCCCGAGCUCAGAGCGCCUACAGUCUCAGCUUCCCCUCCAGCCACAGUGUGGGAGGGAGCCAGAACCAGCUUUCCCUCCUGGAUGUCUCGGAGGAGGGGGAGGAGAAGGAGAGGAGGAAGAGGAGGGAGAAGGGAGAGGAGGAGUGGGGGAAUGUGUUAGAUCCUCCCUCUGCGGCAGCAGAGAGUCAAACGGCUUCACAACAGAGGUCCAGCACUCCUGACCUCCUGAGGAAGACUCGAGACCAGGGACUUCCUUCGUGUGCGGGUAAACCCCCCCUGGAGAACUACAGAGAGAGUUUCCUGGACUCCCCAGGAGGUCAGGAGUGCUGUGAUCCCGCGCCCCAGCAACUCCCCACUCAGCCUGUGGCCGUAAGCCCCUCCUCUCCUGAGGUAAGCCCCUCCUCUCGCCGGGCCCAGGCCAUGCGGCUGGGAGCCCUGAUGGAGGAGCUAGAGAAGAUGUUGAGGGACCAGAGACGCUCUGAGAAGGAGCUUCUAUGUCUGGACCAUCAGGUCCUGCACCUGGCUACCAUCCUGAAGAACAACCUCUCUCUGCUGAGAGUCUCUGAGGAAGAGGAGGAGACGCUUGCAGUGGAAGAAGUCCUGGGCAGCUUUGACUUCUUGUCACAUGAUGAUGACACUUCCUGUUCGGGAAGCCUGAGAAUGAAGGACAGCAGUCUCCUCUCCAGUCCCAUGAGGAUACAAUCAGCUACUGAUGAAGACUCGGCCGUCGCCCCGCUAACUUCUGGGAAUUGGAGUCUGGACCAGGCUCUGGAGAUACAUCUGAAAACAUGUUGUGUCCUGCUACAGAUGCUAGCAGAGACAGACUUCAGCCCCUCCAGAAAGGAGCUGCUGCAGGAGGUGUCUCUGCAGGCCGAGGUCCUGCAGAAGAUCAGCUGCAUACUGCUGGAGGAGGACAGAGGGGUCUCUGCUGGGGACAUCCUCCCAAGGGAGGUGCUGGCCUUCUGGGAUGACUGCGUGACAGGGGUUGGCCCCUCCCCUUUCUGCUGCGACUCCGCCCGCUUCUGCCGGACGCUGAAGAAACGCUUCACCCACAAGGUGGAGGCCAAAGAGCCGGGCCAGUCAGACAAAGUGUUCUCCCACCUCCUGCAGGAGCUGCAGGCCUCCAGCCGCUUGGUGCCCAGCCCUCCUGCCUGCAGCCCUGAGGCAGUGACUCUGUUCCAGCUGUUUGUGUAUCUGAGGAGAUGGAACCUCCAGGAUCUAGGAGGUCACAUCUCACGUCUGUCCAGAGAAGAGUACAUCCUGUCUGCCCUGAGGAGCCCCAAAAAGAGGCGGGCUCUAAAUAAGCUAAGGGGAGGGAACUUCACAGUGCUCCUCCCACUGAGAUGCACGCUGCAGACUCUGGCGGCGUUGCAGCUCGACUUCAACCACAAAGUCUGCAAGGCCGCAGCCAGCUGUAUGUGCAGAGCCGCAGGCUGCAGGGCCUUCAGGAGCCAGGCCAUAGUUUACUACACGGCGAGUUUGAGGAACUCGGAUGUUCUGAUCCAACAUGGCUCCUGUCUGGCUCUUAAAUGCCUCAAGGCGACAGAGAGCGCCGACCUCAUAGCAGACUUGUGGAGAUCAGCUGAUGAAGAUCUUUGCUGCACCGCCAGAGAAACUGUCCUGUCCUUUGGUAAGAAGGGCUACCUGGCCUUCCAGAGGAUGGAUCAGAUGUACACAGAGAUGCUGGAGGAGGCCUACCAGAACCAGGAGACGGAGAGCACCUUUCUGUAGGACCUUGAAGAGGUCUUUCCUCUGAAGGACGUGCUGGGUGAAGGUACCAGGAGAAACCCUGUGGUACCUUCACAAGCUCAUGGCUGCUGUUUGAGCCCCGAAGCUUCACGCAGGGACCCGACACGUUACUUCAGAGGACGACUGACCCCAAAGCGCCAGUGACAAUUGAUUUUAUUAGAUUAACUAAUUAAUCCCACUGUUUGAAAUUCAUUAAUUAAAAUUAUUUUUCAUCUCAAGACUAAAUUUUAUAGGUAAUGAGUAAUCACUUUAGAAAGUGUGUAUUUUAGCCCUGUUAUUUAGUUGUAUUUUUUAAACACAAACUGCCCUCAUGUGAUCGUGUUGGAGGUGGAACACGUUGAACUUCCUGUCGUCCUCGUGCACUUUGCUCUCAACUCGCCAUCAUUUAACGUGUUCGCAACAUUCAGCAGGACGUUUUCAAACCACUGUCCUUUAGAGACACAGUGAUGGUCCUCUGGAGACUGUGUGCCGCGCAGGGUAACGUUAGAUGUUGGAAGUCGCCUAGCAGCUAGCUUAGCAUAACAGCUAGCUUAGCCUACAUCUAGCAACGUGAUCCAGGCGCUAUCAGUCCUAAAGUGGUCCGUUUGCACUCGUCCGCCUUCUGUUUGACACGUGGAGGAAUUCCUCUGCUCAGUUCUUCUGUUAGUUUUACUUCCAAUGCAAAACGCGUCUCCAUCUUCAGCGACCGUCUCGCUCUCUGCAUCUACCUGACUGCAGCACACGGCGGGGUCAGGGGUCAGGGGUCAACGCACACCGGAAGGAAACAAAGCUGCGUUUCCAAUAUUCUAUCGCAUUAAUCUCGGCCACAAUAAUCUCAGCGUUAAUUAAUUUUAUAGCCGCCGGACGUGUGAUGUGAACAUUCAACCGUCAGUGAUCAAUAACGCAGAUCGGAGGUCCAGGUUCAGGCGGAGAAACAUGGUGGAGCUGAUGAGAUUGGAGCUUUAGUUUGUCUCAGGCAGAACAUUUGGAUUGAAGAGAAAGAUCAAAUUGAAAUAUUACUUCAUAUACUCCAAAUCAGCUGGAAUCCAGUUAUGCUUAUUAAUUUAUAUGUAUAUUAUGAGCGUUUGUUUUGUCUCAAUGAUGCAUUCAUUUAAACCCUGAUAUAAAAUCAUAUCUUAACAAUUGUGUAUUUUAUUAUUGCCAGAAAGAGACGGUAAAGGUUUAAAAUAUAUUUUAGUGUUUGGCAAAUUUGAUUGCAUAUUAAGUUUAUUUCAUGAUUAUUAUUUUUAAAGUGCAUUGUUUAUUGGCUCUAAAUUCAGACACAUAAUGGGCCACAGGGGGGCAAUUAUUAUUGGCUUGGGAGGUCCAUCAUCACGUCUCUCAGCCAAUGAGAGCAUUUCGAAGUAACUUAACCCGGAGUCCCUGAGGCCGCUUUGGCAUCAUCAUGGUAAAAGGUGUAAUAACUGACUAGGAUUGGGACAAUUCCUUUACUGUAGAAUGAAAGAGGAACCAUUGACUGCUGUGAUGUGAAAUAUCAAUAUAUACAUUAGUGGUUAAGAAAUAAAUGUCCAUCUAUGUCAAACUCCA